AUGCUUCUUCCCUCUUUUCUUAAAUCAGUAAAAACAAGCCCGAGUUUUGCUGAGGCUGCCAUCAGAAGAAUUGCUCAGGGAACAAAGAUUUUAGCAGAAGGUGGCUAUGAGAAUUUUAGACAAACUUUUGAAACAGUUCCUGAAGAGCAACUCCAGAAUUCAUUUGCAUGUUACUUAUCCACAUCAGCUGGUCCUGUCAUGGGAGUUUUGUAUGUGUCUACGGCAAAGCUUGCAUAUAUUAGUAACAGUCCUCUUUCCUAUAAAAAUGGUAGCCAGACUGAAUGGAGCUACUAUAAGUUGGUUAUCCCAUUACAUCAACUUAAAGCAGUUAAUCCUUCAACAAGCAGAGUCAAACCUACUGAAAAGUACAUCCAAGUUAUCUCUGUUGAUAUUCAUGAAUUUUGGGUCAUGGGCUUCUUAAACUACGACGGUGCUGUUACAUGCCUACAAGAAGCUUUGCAACUCCGUAGCUUACAAACUGUGAGAUACUGUUUCUAGUGGCAUAAACUUCACUUGGUUGACU